CAUGUCCCAUUCGACAGUUUCGCAUUGACAGUCCAAGGAAGAGUGUUGAGAGUUGCUUAAAAGUUGUUAUUUGCUUUAGUCUUCAGCAACAGAAAAGUGCCUGUGUCACGGUCGCUAUCAUUAUCUGCAAUAUUUCUUUGAAAAGUGACAUAUUUAUAAUGACGGAGGUGAAAACAUACUCGCUCGCAGAAAUUAAAGCACAUAAUACAAACAAGUCUACCUGGAUCGUGAUUCACAACAACGUAUACGAUGUUACAGAAUUCCUCAAUGAGCACCCCGGUGGAGAAGAAGUGCUUCUAGAACAAGCCGGUAAGGAGGCCACAGAAGCGUUCGAAGAUGUUGGUCAUAGCACAGAUGCACGCGAAAUGAUGAAAAAGUUCAAGGUCGGUGAACUGAUCGAAUCCGAACGGAAGCAAACUCCGGUAAAAAAGGAACCAGACUGGAAUACCGAUCAAAAAGAUGAUAACUCGUUCAAAUCUUGGAUCGUCCCGUUGAUACUUGGUCUUCUGGCAACCAUUAUAUACCGGUUCUACUUCACUCAGUAAUCGUUCUUGAGGACAGUUUUCCUAUCAGGUGGAUCAAGUCGUGCCGAAAUUUUCCUUCAUUCCAAAUGCAACACAGUUCAGUAACAGGAAAAGUGACGCUCUUUACACACGCAACAAUCGGAAGCAAAUUUCUACUGAAUAUUUUUUAAGCUAAGCAACUUUUGCAUUUGAAGCUAAGUAUGUUUCCUUCUUGAUGACUUGAAAUUCGAUAAAAUUUACAACCUGACGACGUAAAUUAGAAGAUCACAGAACCGAAACGGAGUGCUGAAACAACACAUUAAGUUAAAUGUUAAAAAGAUGACCUAAAUUCAUAUGCGAAUUAUUACUGAAUAGAGUUUUCAGAUGAAUGCAACACACAUAGAUGUAAACAAAACUUUCAUAAUGCUAUAAAACUGUAGUUAGUAAUGCUCGUGGGUCAUAGUUUUUUAUAUACAAGAGACAGCAUGUCAAUGAAAUCAUUUGAACACAUUAGUGAUUUAUUUCUAUAAUUCAGUGCUAUGGGAUACAUAUUGGUUGCACCAAUUGUUUAAGUUUUAUGAAUUGUUCAACUAUCUUCUUUUAAAUAUUUGAGAAUGUUGCGGAUAUUUGAUUCAGGGUAACAUGAAAUUAUACUUGUAUUUAUACGUAUAA